AUGGCCAGUCAGGUCAGGGUGGUCCACAGUAAACAAACUCAGCUGACACCCAAUGCAGAGAUGCCAAUUGUGAUAUUUCGCCCUUUACUUCCUCCUCCAUUCCUCGACCACACCGCACCCCAUCAUUGCCACGUUACAUAUACCAACAAUUGCACAUGAACAUUACUAAUACCGAGGCAGUGGGGGUAAUAAACACGCAUUAUAACAGAUACAGGAGAAGAGACAAGAGGUAAUACUGGAUCAGAAGCAACAGAGGUGACCGAUGUUCACUUGUUUGUUGUGUUGACGAAAAUGGAGGAGGACUCACAGAACCAAGACAUUUGCCGGGUGUGUCGGUGUGAGGGGAGCAGCGACCGGCCCCUCUUCCACCCUUGUAUAUGUACGGGUAGCAUCAAAUUCAUCCACCAGGAUUGUCUGGUGCAGUGGCUUAGGUAUUCCCGCAAGGAAUACUGUGAACUAUGUAAACACCGCUUCCACUUCACCCCAAUUUACUCACCCGACAUGCCCAAAAGGCUUCCCAUUGCGGACAUCCUCUCUGGCCUGGCACGCAGCAUGGGCACAGCGGUCAGGUACUGGUUCCACUACACAUUGGUGGCUGUGGCCUGGCUGGUGGUUGUGCCUCUCACCGCCUGCAGGAUAUACCGCUGUCUCUUCACUGGCUCAGUGUCCUCAGUCCUCACCCUCCCGCUGGAUAUGUUGUCUACGGACAACCUGGUCUCUGACAUCUUCCAUGGGUGUUUUGUGGUGACGUGCACACUCAGCGCCUUCAUCAGUCUGGUGUGGCUGAGGGAACAGAUCCUGCACGGUGGAGGGCCAGACUGGUUGGACCAAGACAUACAGCAUGAGCAUGAGCCACCAGGAAACUUUGGGUUGCUGAAUGGUGGCAAUGGUGCUGGUGCCGGUGCCAUCCAGCCAGCCAAUGAAAAUGCACCACCACCCAUUGAGGGACCCAAUGACAACGUGGGGAUCUUGGAGGACCACGCCCCACACCAGGAAGUUCCUCCACUGCCUGCCAACCAGAACAUUGCAGAAGGAGAUGGUGGGGAGCUGCUGCAUGAGGGACUACCAGGGAACAACAACCUGGACCCUGGAGCAGCAGCGGAUGACCUCAACUGGAACCCUAUUGAGUGGGACAGAGGAGCCGAUGAGCUGACCUGGGAACGUCUGCUGGGUCUGGAUGGCUCCCUGGUGUUCCUGGAGCAUGUGUUCUGGGUGGUCUCUCUCAACACUCUGUUCAUUCUUGUGUUUGCCUUCUGUCCUUACCACAUUGGACACUUCAUGAUAGUUGGCUUCCAGUUGAAGGGGUGGGUGUCAGCCUCUCACUUUGAAGGCCUCCUGACAGCACUGUGUGGCUACUGUAUGGUGGGGCUGUGUCUGGUCCUACUCCACACUCUUGCUGCCAUCUCCAGGUUAAACAGGCCGAAGCGAGCGCUGGGGCUGUGCUAUGUGGUGGUGAAGGUUGCCCUGCUCAGCGUAAUGGAGAUUGGGGUGUUUCCACUCAUUGGAGGCUGGUGGCUGGACAUCUGCUCCCUCUCCCUCUUUGAUGCCACUCUCAAGGACCGUGAGGUGAGCUUCAAGGCAGCUCCGGGCACCUCCAUGUUCAUCCACUGGCUGGUUGGGAUGGUGUACGUGUUCUAUUUUGCCUCUUUCAUCCUGCUGCUGCGGGAAGUGCUGCGGCCCGGGGUGCUCUGGUUCCUGCGCAAUCUCAAUGACCCAGACUUCAACCCUGUGCAGGAGAUGAUCCACCUCCCGAUCGUACGGCACACUCGUCGCUUCCUGGCCUCCAUGGUGAUCUUCGGGUGCACCGUGCUACUCAUGCUGUGGCUGCCCAUCAAGAUCAUUCAUGCCUACUGGCCCUCCUUCCUCCCCUACCACAUCACUCUGUCCAGUGACACGCCAGUUAGUGAGCUGUCGCUGGAACUGUUGCUGCUUCAGGUGAUACUGCCGGCCCUGCUGGAGCAAGGCCACACCAGGGUCUGGCUCAAGCUGGUAGUGCGUCACUGGUGUGUGGCCAUCUCCCACAUCCUGGGCCUCAGAUCCUACCUCCUUGGGGACAUCCCUCUUGAUCCUCAGGGUGGUGUAGUGAUAGGUGGUGAUACGGGCACGGCCAGUGGGGACGCUGCUGCUGCUGCUGCCGCUGCUGCCGCUGCCGCUGACGCUGCUGGUGAUGGACCAAGGGCACCACCACAGGCUGAGGCAGAGGAGGAGCCAGCAGAGCCAAUAGUGGAACCUGUGGUGGAGGAGGCCAGAGGAGCAGCUGCAGUUGUCGUUGCUGGUGGUGGUGGUGGUGGCGGUGGUGGUGCCGGUGUUGGAGGUGGUGGUGGUGUUGCAAUCAUUGGGGCAGGGGCAGCGGCUGAUGCACUGGCUGGUGGUCUUGGGGCAGCCCACCAGGCACUCCUGCAGCGGGAUGGACCAACAGGAUUUCAGGCAUAUGUGCGACCGCGGUGGUUUGGGCUGCGGAUACUUGGCCUGGUGGUGAUGAUUUGCCUGAGUCUCACUGUUGCCUCCAUCAUCUGCCUCACCCUGCCUGUGCUUGUGGGUCGCCAUUGCAUGUACUUCGCCCUUGGGGACACAAAGGUUCAUGAGUUGUAUGCCGGAGCAUGUGGGCUGUACCUGUGCCUCCUGAGCAUCCGUGGCAUCACCCUCCUGGCCUCCUGGAUCAUGCUGGGCUGGUCACAAGUCAUCCUUCGCCUGCAACAGUGGGGUAUCAUGGGUCUGAAAGCACUCAUAGCACUGGUGGUGGUGGCAGUGGUGGUGCCCCUCAUGGUGGGUGUCCUGAUGGAACUGGUCAUCGUCAUACCACUGCGGGUGCCCCUCCACCAGACACCCAUCCUCUUUCUCUGGCAGGACUGGGCGCUAGGGGUCCUGUACACCAAGAUCAUGUGUGCGCUGGUCAUGAUGGGUCCCAACUGGUGGCUCAAGACCAACCUGGAGCUGAUCUAUCUCGGGGGAGUGCGAGGCCUGGACCUCAACCUCCUGGUGGGGCAGACGGCACUCCCGGUGAUUGCUUGCCUGGGAGCAUGCCUCACUAUACCCUUCGUCACUGCCCACACCAUUGCUCCCUUCCUGGCACCCCCCAGUGCUUUGAUCCUGGUGGAGCGACGCAUCUACCCAGCCCUGCUUAUCAUCACCCUGCUGUCCAGCCUUAUCGUCAUGCAGGUGGUCCAGUUCACCCGCCUCUAUGAGCACAUCAAGAACGACAAGUACCUGGUGGGGAGACGACUGGUGAACUACGACCAUACCAGCAACCAGUCCCUCUCCUCCCCCCAGCAGGAGAGUGAGGUCACCCCCUUUGUCAGGUGAAGGGGAAAGGACCUGCCAACUGAGGGGUUUGUGUAAGUUAUACCCUGCCAGACUUCUUCCUGUAUCCUAACUUCCUCCUCCUCCACUUGAUUAAAUCCCACCAUGUCUGUAUAUAUGUGUAUGUAUCGUGUACGUAAGUCCUUCUGCUCCUCCCAGUAAUCCCAUGCCUUUGUGCCCACCUCUAAACAUGGCAGUUGGUCUUCAGUGGGGGAUGGUUUGUCCAGUUUCACUUCUGCCUGGUGGUUUCAGAUCAGCAUUUGCAUUGCAGGGGAUCUUGACUGGUUUCUGCCUCUUUUGAGUUCCUACCACUUCCAUAGUUGCACUGACAGGAAAGAUCAUGCUAUAGCAGGUAGGAAUAUGCCUAUUAUUCUAGGUCUGUUUUUCAUUGCAUAGAGUCAGAGUCCUGGUACUCCUCCAGUGUGAGUGUGUGGCAAGUAUGCUGAGAAGGACUUCACUAUCAGCUAACAGUGUAGUGGUGAUAACAGUCAAGAGCGAGAGAAGGAGAGAAAGAAUUUCUUCCACAGGAAAAUGUUCAUGUAACAGAAUCUGUAGUGGUGGAGGUGUGUAGUACAUGCAUGUAGAGGGAAAGAAAAUUUCCUAGUGAUGUACCAGUCAUAUGCAUUAAUGUCCAGGACUCUGUGUGUCGCCUAGUGUUCAUGUAACCUCGACGUGAAGAUGAGAAUUUUCUCCUUGUGUAUAUAUGUAGAUAAGGCCAUGUACCAAGUUGUUUCCCUUGUUACAUUACUCUGAGAUAUGUAGAGUUUGUGAGCUCCCUUGGAUGGGCCGGUGGAGGCUGGCGUAGCUGCUGUCAGGGUGUAGUUGAGGCUGUCAUUCACCACAUUGUGCAGAGAUGGCAGAAGACUUGUGGUAAAGGUUGAGGAGGCAGUGCAGGUGUUGCAGCUUUAUAACACCUGUUCAUAUGUAUCAUAGGGAGAUGAGGUGCGCACAACUUGAUGUGUAUUGCAGUGUAUCACCGCUAAGAGUUGAGGGUUUGCAUCUGUGAGGUGAGGAGAUGGAGGAUUGGUCAGGUUAUGGUGAAGUCACAAUGAAAAGUGUAUCUUGGGUAGCGUAUGAGCUGUGAGACUCACUUAGAUGACACACACACACACACACACACACACACACACACACACACACACACACACACACACACACACACACACACACACACACACACACACACACACACACUAGUAGAUAAAGCAAUUCUUCCUUCUCAUAUAUUCCAUGUUUCUUCACUCUUCUGGGUAUCUUGAGAGCAGAACAGUUUGUGGGUGAAUUAAGUGUUUCCAGUGCUGUGUGUGCAUUGAAGGUAACAAGUUGAAGGCUGCUCAGUUGUAAAUCGUUAACAGCUUGAAAAAGAAAAUAAUUAGUAUCAUAGUACUAUCAGAACAUAUAUUGAAUGAGCACCUGAAAAUACUCUGAAUUAUAUGUCAAUUAUUAUCAUUAUUUUUAUUAUUUUAUUAUUAUUAUUAUUAUUAUUAUUAUUAUUAUUAUUAUUAUUAUUAUUAUUAUUAUUGUUAUUAUUAUUACUGUUGCUGUUGUUGUUAUAAUGUAUAUAUGUAGCUGUACUAGGCAGCUGGCCCCACACAUGCACACACACACACACACACACACACACACACACACACACACACACACACACACACACACACACACACACACACACACACACACACACACACACACACACACACACACACACACACACACACACACUAAGUUAUUUGCCCUACACCUGAUACUUGUUCCCUUGAAAGCUUUAAGGAGCUGGUUGUGACAGAAGAGUCUCCAUUUAUUCUUGUCCUUACAUUCCAUCUUUGCAUGCUCUAGACUUAUCUCUUCUAUUGUGCCUUCUUACAUGUAUCCUCAUAACAUCAUACCCUGUCCUUCCUUUUCACUGGGUAUCCUCUUCUCUGGCAUGCUCUAAUCUAAUCUGUUAUCCUAUCCUCACACUUUAUCCUCUUACUUCACUGGGGAUCCUCUUCUUUUGCACCUUUUGACUUCAUCUCAUCAUCCCUUUUGCUCAUCCAUACUCUUUUACCCUGCUCUCUCAUUUCUCUAGGAAUCCUCUUCCAGUCACCACUCUCUCUACCUUCAUCCCUCUUCCUGGCAUUCUUACCAUGUGAACACCACAUGAACACUCUUUUGCUUCUUUCUCAACCAUCUCCCAAAGUCAUUAGAGGUGGAGCUGUUACAGAUGGGAAUUAGAUCUUACUACACUUGUAAUCUGUUCUUGCAGUGAUUCAUGCUUUGAUCAGAGCUCCUGUUCCCAUCUUCAUUUUGUAAACUGUCUCUCACUACCACCACAUCAUCUUACUGUGAGAGAGAGAGAGAGAGAGAGAGAGAGAGAGAGAGAGAGAGAAAGUAUCAAUGUCUACUCAUGGGUUUAUUAUUCUCUUCGAGAGGUAUUGCCACAUUUCAUAAAGCCUUUCCUUUAUAACACUGAAUAUUAUACCAAAUAACACAACCUCUUGGGAAGCGUACCCUGAAACAGCCACUCUUAGUUACUUAAAGCUCUUCUGGUCUGUACUCGCAACUUUCACCAGCUUCCUAUGCUUCAUAUUAUCAUCAGCAUGUGGCAUUCCUCUCUUCCUCGCUUCGCUGUUCCGCUAACGCACUUGAAAACAGGAUCUGUUACUCUGCACAGUUCUCUCUGCUGAGUGGCACAUUACUAUCUCAUUUCUGGCACAUUACAGUUGCAAAUCCGUCACUCCUUAUAGUCAUGGUGAGUGUGAUAUAGUGGGACAAAAAAAGAGACAUCCUCUGUACUGGGGGUGAAGUGUUUAGUGUUUAUUCAGUCAGUCAUUAAGUGUUGAAGUGGCUUGGCUGGUGUGGGUGUUCCCGGCAAGCUGGCGGUGGGUCGUGGGGCGAGUGGCGUGGGUUAAUAUAUGGGCCUUGUAAAUAUUCCGAUGUAAAUAUCACGUCAUCUGCUUGUGAGUGUGGAAAGUGUAUAUCUUUUCUUUAUCAAAUACAUGUUUAUUAUUUUUUA